AUGACGACCCCAUCCGAAGAAAGUGCAGGGCACUUCGUAAACAACAUCCUUCCCCUCUAUCAAGGCCCGUCUGUUAAAAUUAGACUACAGCCUAGCAACAAGGAAUAUGUGGUUUCCAAACCCCUUCUCUGUGCGGAAUCGUCGGUCUUCUCGAAAAUGUUCAACCGUGAAUUUCUAGAGUCGCAGCAGCAGACGGCCACUCUGGAAGAGACUGAGGACGAUGUCUCGGUGCGUAGCCUUGAAGCACUUUUUCAAUGGCUAUAUCGACGCACUGUCGAAUUUGAGAUAGAAGACCCAACAAAUCAUAUUCCAGCAGCGUUGGAGCUCGCAAGACUUGCAGACAAGUACGAGAUUACUGGGCUCGAAAAUACAAUAGCCCAAUGUAUCGAGGACAUCAUAAUUUCCACCCCUCAUCCAAAGAACAGCGCCACUUCAAGUCGGCGAGCUUUCAACACCCACACUUACUAUCUCAGACGUGAUCAUAUUGCCUCAGCAAGCAUUUUGCAUCAAGGGCAUCCGGUGCGAACUGUUUUGGCUGCUGCAUCCGUUGAAGGGUUUCUCCGCACCGAAACACCCAAGUUUAGUGAAGAGAUUCAGGCCUACCCGUCUUUCGGAGCCGACGUCCUCUUAGAAAUUAGGCGCACCCUACAUUCGGGGAUGACUCAGACUUUCACUUUUGAAGAUCCCAUCAGUGGAAAGAAAUUGAAGGCACUCAGGGAAACUUGA